AUGAAUUUAGGCCGUCAAGGCAAAGUUAAAGAAGCUCGGCAAUUGUUUGACGAAAUGCCUCAAAGAGAUGUUGUUUCUUAUGCUUCAAUGAUUACUGUUUAUUUAAAACAUAAGGAUCUUCCUAAUGCUGAGACGUUGUUUUAUUCAAUGUCUGAGAGAAAUGUAGUGUCUGAUUCUGCUAUGGUUCAUGCUUAUGCUAAAAACCGUAGAGUGGAUGAAGCUCGAAAGCUGCUUCAAGAAAUGCCAGAGAAAAAUGUGGUUACUUGGACUGCAGCAAUGGUGGGCUAUGCUCAAAAUGGUUUGAUUAAUGAGGCACAACAUAUUUUUGAUCAGAUUCCUGAGAAAAAUGUUAUUGUUUGGACGGCGAUGAUCAGGGCUUAUGUUAAAGAUAGUCAGGUGGAUCAAGCUCUUGAGCUCUUCUAUAAGAUGCCUGAACGUAAUUUAUAUUCUUGGAAUGUUAUGAUUCAAGGUUGUUUAAAUGACAAGAGAGUGGACAAAGCUUUGGAACUAUUUAAUCCGAUGCCAUGGAAAAAUGCAGUUUCCUGGACAACUAUCGUUACUGGUCUUGCACGAAAUGGGUUGUUAGAAAUGGCAAGAGAGUACUUUGAUCAAAUGCCAAACAGGGAUCCUGCUGCGUGGAAUGCUAUGAUAACAACCUACGUUGAUGAAGGCCUAGCGGCUAAGGCCGAUGAACUUUUUGAUUCGAUGCCUAAUAAAGAGACUGUAAGUUGGAAUGUAAUGAUUGGCGGGUAUGCAAAAAGUGGCCUUGAGGGUGAAGCCUUGAAGUGUUUCAUUAGCAUGCUCCGAUCAGGCUUAAGGCCGAAUCAGACUACUCUCACCAGUGUAGUGACCUCAUGUGGGGGGAUCCUGGAGUUAUUGCAAGCUCAUGUUCUUGUUUUACUGUUAGGAUUUGACCAAGACACUUCACUUAAUAAUGCUCUCGUCACCAUGUACUCUAGAUGUGGAGAUAUCAACUCCUCAUUAAUCACUUUUGAGAAUCUCAUAGUAAAGGAUGUUGUUUCAUGGACUGCAAUAAUACUGGCAUAUGCUAAUCAUGGUCUUGGAAACCAAGCAUUACAAGCCUUCGCGCAAAUGCUAAGGUUCGGUAACAAGCCAGACAAGAUCACUUUUGUGGGACUUUUGUCAGCUUGUAGUCAUGCCGGUCUUGUUAAGAAAGGUCAAAAGUUUUUCGAGUCUAUGAGGUAUGCCUAUGGUUUAAAACCGAGGGCUGAACAUUAUUGUUGCCUUGUCGAUAUUUUAGGUCGUGGUAAGUUAGUUGAUGAGGCUAUGCGGGUGGUGCAACAGAUGCCUCCGGAGGAAUGUCGCUGA